AUAAUUUCAGCAGAGUGUUUAAAUUUGAUCUAAAUAAAAUACGACAUUAACUAUUGUUGGCUCUGAUCGCAUUAUGAAAACCAGGUUGAACUUGCAGAGAAGCUUCCUCAUAUACAGUCACUUUGUAUUCACGAGAUGGUCACUCGAGUUUUCAAGCAUGUCCUUAAAGCCUCUAUUGCUUCUAUUAAUAAUGUGGCAGACUUAUCCACAGCAGUAGCUUCAUGCUUGAAUUUCUUGCUUGGGGGCUACACAAUAGAAGAUAUUGAACAUAACUUGAGUGGUGAUCACAUGCUCAAAUUGCAGUGGUUACAAACUUUUCUAGCUAAAAGAAUAAUGUGGCAAACUUAUCCACAGCAGUAGCUUCAUGCUUGAAUUUCUUGCUUGGGGGCUACACAAUAGAAGAUAGUGAACAUAACUUGAGUGGUGAUCACAUGCUCAAAUUGCAGUGGUUACGAACUUUUCUAGCUAAAAGAUAUGGCUGGACUCUAAAAGAUGAGUUUCAACAAUUGAGGAAAUUAACAAUUCUCCGAGGACUUUGCCACAAGGUUGGAUUGGAGUUGCUUCCGAAAGACUAUGAUAUGGAAAGCCCAAGCCCUUUCAAGAAAUCUGAUAUUAUUGGCAUUGUUCCUGUGUGUAAACAUGUAGGAUGCUCUUCUGCAGAUGGGCGGACCCUAUUGGAGUCAUCAAAGAUGGCACUCGAUAAAGGAUAGCUAGAAGAUUCUGUCAACUAU